CGACCGAUCAGCACAGCCGUGGACGCCCCCACAUGCCAGUGGAUUGGAAAUGUCCACGAAGAUCAACAAUGGACUUUUCAUGGGAGACAUCGACGCCGCUCAAGACGCAGAGUUCUUGAGCUUGAACGGCAUCGAGUUCAUUGUGAACUGCGUGCCUCGUGAAGUGCCCAACGCGUUUGAGCCCGAAGGCAUUCGAUACUUUGCAUGCGAUAUGGCCGAGCAACCAGAAGGCAUCUUGUUUGACCUGCGCAACGAAGACUAUGUGGAGCUGAUUGCAUUCAUUGACCACGCAAUGCAGUCCAGUUUGAGCCUGCUUGUGCAUUCCCUCGAUGGCAUGUCCCGCAGUCCAUGCGUGAUGAUGGCGUACUUGAUGUCCAAAUACCAAUGGAGUCUCGACAAAGCGUACGAAUUCGUGAAAAUGAAGCGACCAGACAUCGCACCACAUAAUGCGUACUUGGACCAACUGGCCAUGCUGGAUGCACAGCUGCAGAAGAAUCAUCGCGCGUCGGAAAAGAAACGCAACGAAUGGGAUCCUCUUCACACAGACCCUAAGACGGACGAACUGGUGCUUGUCAACACAUUUCUCAACGUGACCAACGGCAUUGCGCUGCCCCAUGACUCUGCCCCGCGCAAACUGAAAAAGAAACAACUAGUUUGGAUCGACUUGUGUCCGCGCAUGCGAAAACUCAACCCGCACUACGACUUUACCAAACUCGAACGUCCGCCUAGUGCUUCGUACAGCUCGCUCUCGGCGGGCAACGGAUGGGUGGACACGGAAGCGUCCACAACCGUCCAUCGACCUUCGUCAUCCCCCGCGGCGUCGCGCGUCGUCGUGAUGGAAUCUCGGGCAGUCCACGACGUGGAUUUGUCUCUUUCAGACGAUGAGCAGGAACGGGUGACAAAAGAUGAAGACAGCUGGGACAUGUCAACGUCGGACCCAGGACUCAGCCACGACGCCGACUUCGACAGGCCCUUGUCGUCGUGGGUCACCGCUCGUCAAGGGCCCCCGCGGCAGCCAGAGACACGUCAUAAACGUCCCCAAGUCCAGCCACAACCACAGCAGCAAAAGCCCCCCCAGAAUAUUCAGCCCCCGCCGUUGCAACACCGGUCUUCGUUUCCGAGUCAGCACAUCAAACCAUCGCACACUUCUAAAGGCAGCACUGUCAUGCCCCAGACUCUCCACCCGCCAUUUCCGAGCGAUUUGUCCCAGAACCAGCACAGUCCGACGGAUAAAACAGACGAAUUCAAAUUGAGCAACAACAACCACCCGCGCUACCUCCAGCACACUAAGUCGUCUCGCAACGCCAAGACAAUCAAAGCCGCGCAAGGCCGGUACGCGAUGCCAGUGGUCGAUGACAAACCACCCGUGGUCAUGCCAGUUACGAACAAUGUGGCGGCGGCGGUGCCCAUGCCAGCCACUCGCGGGGUGCCACCGAAACGGGUGUCCAAGUCGUCGUUUGUGAUGGAGAAAGAACCUGCCGACAGUCGCGAGUCGACCACGCGGUUGCCCACGACGGCAUCCAAACACGUACGCCAAGCUGCCCCCCCGCCUCCAUCUGGUGCGACCGCUGCCGUUCGCCCCAAAACGGCUCCGCAGGCCAACCACAGGACGACCGCCCCCAAACCCUCGACCAACAACCAGCCAUUCAAAAAGAAGCAGCCUUCAGCCCCACCGACCAAGCAGCCGCGUCCCCCAGCCGCCCCCAAGGGACUGUCGGCCAAUAACGCCACCGACGUUUUGUUCAAGAAACCUCCAGCUGACAUCAAACCGACCACCAUUCCGCCAGCCACAGCGAACAUCACUGGCAGUAUGAUGCCACCGCCGAGACGGGCAUCGUCUGCAAAAUGGCGAUGAUUGAGCACUCGAUUUAAACUGCCACCAUGUAGUACAAGAUUAGACGAUAGGAAUCGACAUCGUUGUUUCUUCGAUUGCUUCUCACUUGUAGUGCGGGUAUCCAUCAAUUGCCUGAACAACGAUUUCACCCUAAAUAAUCUGAUUGAUCAUCCUCAA